CAUUUAACAAAAAGUGGAAAUCUCAGGUACAAUAGGUCAUCAACAUUUUGGUUUGAUUAACAGAGGCAUAACAUUCAUUAUAAAUAUAUAAUAUUUUAAUAAUUUUUCAGUACAUACUUUUCAACGAAAUUCAUCAUUUUAUCUAACUUUUUAAAUUUUUAAGCGUCGUGGUGAAUUCUUACUUGUAAAAGUUAAUGUGGUUUUCGUCAAGAAUGUUCUAAAAUUACAUUCUUCUCACUAUUUUAUAUACGGAAUAUUAUAUGUUCUAUAAUUAUCAUAACUAUGUGCAUGAUUACUAUAUGCGCGUCCUGUAGAAGCAGGCUCUUAUAAAGGAAGGGCGGUCCCGCCCGCCCAAUACUACGCUCUACGCAACCGCGCGGGAAACAACUCCAAACGUACUCUAACUUUUCAUCAGACUGUAAAAGUGAUAGUUUAAAGGCUUUGGGUAAUGUUAUCAAGAUGAUGUCACUACCGCUAAUCGUAUCACUAUCUAUCACACUCGUCUCAGCUCUACCCUCAGCAGUCUUGGUCGAUGAAGAUUAUCCUUUAACAGUAGACCCUAGAAAUUUACAAGAGAACUACAUAGUUCCACAGAAGAGGGCGGCACUAGUACUCGAUAGGCUCUUGGUUGCAUUGCAGAAAGCUCUAAGGGAAAGUCCUACAUCACGAUUUGAUCCUGAGCGCGAUGGACCAAGAACGGCACCAUUGAGAUUGGCACAUUAUGAUGUAAACGAUAUGACUGGUCUUCAGCGCCGAGGCCAAGGCAACAACCGCGGUCGAGUCCUCCGAUGUUAUUUUAACGCAAUAACUUGCUUCUAACAGUAAUUAUAUGUAUCAUCUUCAAUACCACAUCAUGAAUAUCAUUCACAUUAUUAAUUAAAUUUUACGUCUAUUAAUGAAAAUUUAUGUAAAUAUUUUUCUAAUAGCUAUUUACGAUAGUUUAAUGCAAUGCGCUCUUUUAUACUACUAUUUAAUUUGGUUAACAAAUUGCAAUGUAUCUAUGUAGAUUAAAAACAUGGAAUGGAUAAACCGGCUUUGGAUUGUACUAAAAGUAGUUGUCGCUAUCAAAUUAUGUAUGUGACUUCACAUAAAAUAGUUUAAAAUAGUGUAAUAUGUUUGGUAAAGUGAGCGAGCCAACAUGUAGAAAAAUAAAUAAAUAAUUUGUUCAAUUAGUGUCUCAAAACAUGUUGCUCAAAAAUGUAAUAAGCCACUUUAUAUAAUAUAAAAUAUUCAUAAACAUGGGACCGAGGAUUUAGUUUCCCAAAGCUCGCUCUAUAUACUUUGAUUCGGGCAUAUACAAUACAUUAUGAUCGUUUUAUCUGGUACUUGCAGUGCCUGUAUAACCUCUAACUAACAUAAUGUCUAAGAUUACGAAAUUGCAGCAAAAAUGUCGAUGAUGUUUGAUUUUUUCAAAUAUUUCAUAAAAUUUCUUAAUGUGAAAAAAAAUUGAAAAGAAGCUGUUUUGUGAAGCUGUUUUUUUUAAUAUUAGUUAUGAUAACUUAUUUUAAAAAUAUAUUUAGUUUUACCUAUAUAAUAUCUACAUUUGCUAUUUUUAAC